AAGCGGACUUGGGUCUUGAAGGUUCGAGUCCACCAGUUGCCCAGUUACCACUGAGGUGCUCUGAGCAUGGCAUCGUCAUCACCCGCUGCUUAAAGCUGCUUAAAGCUGCCCACUGUUCACUUUGGUGAUGGGUUACAUUUGGUUGUGUGUCACAGUGACAUGUAGUUCACUUUCAUAUAUAUCUUUUUUUAUAACUAUCUCCUCUCAGAACAAGAUUUUCCUGUUGUCUAGUUCAUACAUGCUUUGUCUAGUAUGUAAAAAAAAAAUCCAAGCUAUAAUUGUUUCUUUAUGCAUGACGUAAUACAACGUAUAAAAGUACUGACUCAGAAGAACCCGCUCAUCCCUCAGCUUAUGCAGAGCUGAAUGAAGGUGUCUGUUGGGGCCAGAGCAAAGUGUCUUCUUGACCGCAGCCAUGCUGGGCCUUUCUAAACAAGCCUCGCUCUACCUGAGUCUUCUUCUAUUUCUGUCCCUCCAAUCCUCAGUCCUCACCCUUACUGGGACCGCGAGCCAGUGCCAGUCUGCUCCCUUUGUACCAGGUUACAACCUGGCAGGAGAGGGCUUUAACAUAGUCACUCUGCGCCGACAAGGAGCCUACGUGAUUGAUAUGAGGACCCACCUCAACCCGAGUGGCACCUGUACACUUUACCACAACCCUCUUCAAGGCAACGCGCUGCAAAAAGUGCCACUCUCUGUGCAUGACUGGAGAUCCUUCAGUCGGUGCACUGCGUCUCUCUACGGGACCUACCACACCUCUACCAGCACACUAAUUGAAAGAUACCCCAAUCUAGACAGCCGUGACUGGAAGGUCGGACUGAACAAGGAUAAACUUGGUUCCUUAAACGUUGGUGGAACAGGUUCCGAUGCCUACAGCUUCGCUUCAACCAGGAGCAGAGAAGACCAGCACAUUUUCAGCCUUCACUACAUGUACUGCACCCACUACUCAUACCGAGUGUCAAACAGACCAACCCUGAGCUCUGAGUUCAGGGGGGAUUUGGACCAACUGCCACCAUACUCCGCUUCAACAAAGGCUGAUUACAGGAGAAUUAUAGAGACAUACGGCACACAUUACAUCAACAAGGUUUGGCUUGGAGGACGAUACAGAAGGCUGUCAGCUAUCCGUACAUGUUUGUCCAAAUUGAAUGGCUUGUCAACUUAUCAGGCACAUGACUGCUUGUCUCUGGGAAUCAAAUUAAGCCUGAAGAUAAUUCAAGGUUCAUCAGAAACACAUACCUGCUCCAAGAUCUUGGAGAACAUGGACACUGCUGCAUCAUACAGCGCUGGGCUCCACCAGCACGUCACAGAGGUAACAGGAGGAAAUGGUUGGCUCGGCGAAUUUUCACUCUCUGGUAUUGACGCCUCUGGCUAUGAAACAUGGCUGCGCAGCCUCAAAGAUCACCCUGACGUUAUUCACUAUUCUCUGAGACCACUGUACGAGCUGGCACUAUCGUGGUCAACUAUGAUUGGACUGUAUUUGGCCACACAUGAUUAUCUCAAAGAACAUGGCGUCAGUUCUGGGACCAGUAAUCCAAGAUGUAGCGGUCGUCCUAACCUUGAUUACAACUGCUGUCCCAUCGAGACCCGCAGAGGAAAUCUAAGGGUGACCAUCGUCCGUGCUUGGGGUCUGAAAGGAGAUCCUGUCGGGAAGACAGAGGCGUACGUAGCAAAUAAAUAG